CCAUAUAACAAAAUUGGCACUAGAGUGGAUAAGGAAAUAAAUACGUCUAUAAAUUAUUGAGAUGUAUUUCUCAAAUAAAACCAAAAUCAAUACAGACAAACCAAAAAGAAAUGUAAUUUAUUGUUGUACAGAAAAAUAAAUCAUAAUAAUUAUAGGUUACGCAUUUCUUACAUUGAGAUUACACGCAUUCGCUGAACGAGACGGUACAGGAGAACACAUCACUGGAAGCUCUGUCGGUACAGAUGGUGCAACUGGCAGCUAUCAUGGAAGGGAAAAAAGGUACACAAAAUAGUAGCAGACCGCCAUGCCCAUGGUGGGACGAAGAUUGCAGUCGCAGUUGUCAAGAGGAAACGAUUACUAAGAAUUUACCACCAAACUAAGAGAUUCGAACAUCUGUUAGCCGCAAAACACCAGAUGGCGGAAACAAAAAGACUUCUGAAGGAAAAGAAGAGGGCCAGCUUCAGGAGCUUCUGCGAAUCUAUCAGUAGGGAGACAUCAGCAGCUAGUAUUUGGAGGAAGAUCAGAAGCUUCAAUCGCAAAGCGCCGAUAGAGAACCCACUGGAGAACGGUGACAACAAAUGGAGGCAAGAUGUUCUUGUUUUCUUGUAGACCGCUGGUGCGAAAUUAAUAACGUAUUUGAACCUACUUUUGCAGGUUUUCGCAGGGGUAGGAGCACGUUGGAUAAUAUUUAUGGAUUGGCAGCGGAAAUCUAUCGAGCGCUCGCUGCUGGGGAGGAUCUAAUUGUUGUGUUCCUGGAUAUUAAAUAUGCGGCCUUCGAGCCUGGGAUUUACAAGGAAAACAGUCAGAAAUUUUCCACUCCUUCGUGUUCGGAACAUCGGUGUGGAGUACGUGAGAGCACACAAGUUUCUGGGAAUUUGGUUUGACGACAAACUAUGCUGGAGAAAUCAUAUCGGCUCGCUAGUCAGGUCAUGCUACCAAGGUGUUAACAUCCUGAGAGCGUUGUCCGGGCUUGACUGGGGAAGCUAAUGUUGUUCUUUGCUAAUGUUGUUCUGUUCCGUGGCUACGUGCGCUCACGGCUUGAUUACGCUAGUGGUCUUUACUCGUUCUGUGCAAAGGCGUUACUCGACCAACUGGACAGAAUACAAAAUCAAUGUCUGAGCAUCUGCAUUGGAGUUUUGCGCUCCACCCCACUGAAUGUAUUGCACGUGGAAAACGGCGUAUUUCCAUUGGAGAUUAGAAGAGCCGAAUUGGCGAGACGUUAUUGCGUAAAGUGUAGAGCAAGCCCACCUUCAGCUGUUCGCCCGCUUGUCGCCAGGGCAGCGUCGGAGUUCCAACAAAACCCUUUUUGGCCGGCUAAGGGAAUCCCACUUCUGAUUCAGGCGUGGAGAGAUACGGAAACGUUCAGAACAAUUGUGGAUAAGAGAGCCAUAAAAAAUAUCUUCGCCCCACCAUUGGAAGACUUUACGCACCGCAUAAAAUCAAUGAAAUUUCCGUAUAGUAAGGAAGAUUUCGCUAACUCCGACUGGCUUACUAACAAAGCAUUCGAGGAAUUCAGAGGUGCUUCUCUCCGAUAUCUGACAUAUACAGACGGAUCCUUAGUAGAGUCACCUCGAUCUGUCUCCUUCGGUAUUCACAUUCCGGAGAUUAAUAUCUCAGAGUCGGGGAGAUUGCCAGGGCUAGCGUCGAUAUACACGGCGGAAUUAUACGCGAUACACAGAGCCCUACGAUUGACACAAUUCCAUGAGAUACGAAGAGUGGCGAUAAUCACGGAUUCGAUGAGUGCUAUUGAUGCCAUCACCAGCCAAUCAACGACAGUUAAAACGAACCACUGGGUUGUGGCAAUACGCACGCAGAUAAGAGAUAUGGAAACGGAUGGGGGAGCUGUGAUGUUGUGUUGGGUGCCCAGCCACCAGGGUAUCCUGGGUAACGAAGAGGCUGAUGUUUUGGCAGGAAGAGGUCAUCAACGUGAGAUUAUCAACAUCAAGCUACACUACACGGACACAUAUCAGAGCGGAUGCUAUGUUGGAAUGGCAACGCAGAUUCGAGGUGGAGAGCGAAUACAAGGGGUCGUUAUUUUAUGGAUUCAACAAGACAGUUAAGAGGCACCCAUGCUUUUUCAAGAUGGGAUUCAGCAAGAAAUCGGAGAUUGCAGUGCUCAGUCGUUUGAGAUCGGGACACACGCUGGCCCCGGUGCAUUUGGCCAGAGUCGGGUGGCAGGACUCGGAUAGAUGCAGCUGUGGGUCCGUGGGCUCGCUGGAUCACUUAUUUUUUGAGUGCGAGCAAUAUUAACCAGCCACCGAAGCGCUAUGCAGAGAAUUACUAAACAACAAGGUCCCGCUACCGACAUCAGUUCGGGCGCUGAUUAGCUCCGAAAACGAAACAAUAUAUAAGUGUCGAUCCCCGAUUCGAGAAAUGUUAUUUAGUGUAGUCGUCCCACAUGUAUUUUCCCCCUGACUCCAGUAACUUACACCAGCGUAAAGUAAUCUCAAAUUAAUAAAGACCGUGGCUGGCGAAAUUGUGCAAGACGCGCAAGCCAAGUGAAGUGUGGAGAGGAAGGAAGAA